AUGGCGGCACUGGCGCCUUCCAGCCAGCUGAUCAGUGUGGAUUUGCAGCAGGAUACGCAAGGUGAAGUGAAGGUCACAGAAGUGGAGAUACCAGCAUACAGCUUCCACGACGUGGAACACCUCGUUGAGAGCCAGAUUGCCAGGUUGCGCCAGGAGCUUCAGCUUGAGUUUGGCGAUCUCCGCACUCGUCUCGAUGAGGCAGAGCAGCAGCUUGCAGAGCUUGAUGGCUUCAGUGUACAUCGCCGCUCCUCCCACGGGUCCCUGACGGAUGAGACCCCGUCCGCUGCUCCGAACAUGACGAAUGAGAAUGAGAAUGAGAAGCCAUCCACCACUGAGGUGCCGGUUGUCGAGGCCCAGAAAGGGGAAGAGGAGGAAGAAGUGACGGAAGUUCGGUUCGAGGAAAGCAUUUGGACGGUACCUUUGCUCCUGGGCCUUGCAGAGCUUCCCCUUGGGUGGUUUGAUAGUCUCUUCGCCGCUUUGCUCGUGGUGCUCAACGUCACCAUGCAAACAUGCUUCUCCGCCAUUCUGCUGACGCGUGCCUUCAUGGGAGAUGCAUUUGAGGCGAAGGUCGGUGCUGCAGAGGUCUGGCGCACAAGUGUGGCUCACGAUUUUAAGCAUUUGGACUUGGCGGACACCAGCCUGGUGUCGCGGGUGUGCAUGGGUGAUGAGGCGCUCAUCCUUUCGACAACUCAGGCAGCCUUGAUCGACCAGAUAAAUAGCUUUCUGGGGUUGGAAAAGACGCAGUACGUGCAUGGGACGUUCCAGCCCGGCAUUCUGCUAAGCAUGCUUUGCAUCGUGCUGUGGACGCUGUGCGUGUACAAGGAGUUCCGGCUCAUAUGGAGGCAAGCAGAAAUCGCCAUCUCCAUUCCGACGUCGUCAAGCGGCAGGACGUCGCUCAAGAAGAACAGAUUCCGCAGUUUGUCCCGUGCAAGGCGGGCUAUGCUGGUCCUUAUACACUUGGCAAGGGCAGGAAUUGCCUCCAUCCUCCUGGUUGCUGGAAUUCUGUGGUUGGCUCGAACAACGUCCAUCCAGGACCUCAUGCUGAAUGCCGUCGCACUGAAUGCGAUUCUGGAUGUUGAUGAGUUCCUGUUUGUCGGCAUGACGCCUGCCAAGAUUCAGGAAGCGCUUGGAAAGUUAAAGCCGACAAAGGUCUAUUACAGCAACUUCCGGAGUCAAGUGGAAUCCACAGUGCAUUUUGGUUCUUUGCUGACGGUUGUACUCCUCUCCUACUUCUUUCUCUUGGACCCUUUGCAGCAAAUCAUGCUGACGGUGAAGACACAGAUGUGCGAUGGCAAUCAGACUUUCGUAGUGUCACAUAACACAGAUACGCAGAGGACGAUCGGUCUGGUGACCGUGAUGUCCCGAGACCUUCGAAAUGACUCCAUCAGCGAGAUUGCAGUGCGGGCUCACAAAGCCACAUCCGCAGAAACAACCCCUGAUGGCUUCUCCACCUACAUCACUUUCGCACCCGACAUUGACACAUUUUCGGAGCGCAGGUCACGCACAAUGCGAGAAGAAGCCUCAGCCUAUCCCUUCUGUGUGGAGACUCGGCUGCUGAAUAGCAGCGGCGACAUGUACGGCGAUGCCUCCAUGCAGCCUUUGGCCACGCAGCUUGUCAACACUGCAGCAGCCACCGUCGGGCGCACCGGUGCAACGUCUUGCUUGGAGCUGAAGGAUCAGUGCAGUCGUUUGAACGCCCGCUUGCUGCGAUUGGUGUGCGGACAAACAUGUGGAUGCACGGAUCCCUACAGCUCGCCCUGGUACAGGACGGAAACACAGGGUUGUGCAUCCACAUGCCUCCGCAUUGCGCGAAGGGCUCUUUCCAGCAGCAGCUGUACGGAUGUGUCCGUGACGAGCGAUGGUUGGCAGGCUUUUUGGUCGCUCUAUCCCGUGGUGGCGAGGGCAUAUUUCGGGGAGGGGGCGCAGGCCAACUUGGAGGUCGUUGUGGCUCAGACAGUGGAGAGAAUGCUAUCUGCAGGGUGUGAGGCACUGAUCGAGUUUCCAACAGAUGCUAUCAUGGAUGUUGAGUGGUGUGAGGGUAUGCCGGAUCUCUUCCGGCCAUUGGCCCAUCUUUGUCCACAGAGCUGUGGUUGCACUGCAUCCUCUGGGGGGGCUCUUCCGAGCUUCUGCCCAGCCAGCUGCAACUUAUCGCUCUAG